UCUAUCAUCUUGAUAAAAAAGUUACAGUCCUCGUGACGCAGGUCUAAUCCAUCCAAGGAUUUCUUGUCACAAGCAGGUCUCGAAGCCGCUUCUCUGUUCAAUAAUUAUGUUUGUUAAGAGAGAUAAUAAAAACUUGCAUUAUGAGAAUCGCAGUCAAAUUCCAGCUCAUGAAGACCCACGAGAGGGCAAUUAGAAGAUCCUUCUCCUGUGGUUGGUUGAAGAAAUCACUCGUGUUUCAUCGGAUUCAACAAGCUGACGACAAAAUUGAAGUAAACCCUAAAAGGUAUAAGAUUUUUAAAGAAUUUCAUGGUGAAUGGAAUAACCUAAUCGUCGAUCAUCGUGGUUAAAGACACAUUUCCCGGCGAAAAUUUCUGUCUCUUUAAGCUUCAAAAUGAUGACUGCGAGUAUAAGAUACAGUGACGAUGGUGCUACUGCUAGCCCUGCACUGCUAGUGCUGAAUUGCUGAACGCAGCUUCGUGAUUGAGCGAAAACGCUGCGUUUUGACUAUCAGACGCAGCGAACUGGAUAAAAACGGUGCGAAUUAGUGGGUUUGAAUUGAAAGCCGAUUCAAUUUGGCGGGUGAAGUCUGGAAAACUCAGUUCAGGUCUUUUUGAUGCAUCCCUUAAGUGAAGCUUCCAUUUUAGCAACUCUAAUACAGAAGUGUACCACCGUUACCUCCCUUAGAAAAGCCCGGCAACUCCACGCUCUAAUCCUUACCACCAUUGCUUCCCCCAGCUAUGCACAGUCUCCGUUCCCCAAUAACAACCUCAUUGCAAUGUAUGCGCAUUGUGGUUCUGUUUUGGACGCGCAACAGCUGUUUGACAGAAUGCCUCGAAGAAAUGCUAUUUCUUAUAAUGCUCUCAUUGCAGCGUAUUCUAGAGAUCCUAGUUAUGAGAUUUUGAAUUUCAAGUUACUUUCACAUAUGGGAAACCAAGGCCUGCGUCCUACUGGCGCAACCUUUACAAGCUUACUGCAAGUGUGUUGUUCCCUUGAGGAUUGGUUUUUGGGCUCAUUGCUUCAUGCUCAAGUUGUAAAAUCUGGGUUUGUGAACGAUAUUUGUGUUCAGACAUCGUUGCUUGGCAUGUACUCCAAUUGUGGGGAUUUGGACUCCACGCAGAAGGUGUUUGAUUCCAUAGUGGAGAAAGAUGUGGUUGUGUGGAAUUCAAUGAUAUUUGGGAACAUCAAGAAUGAGAGGAUGAAGGAUGGGCUUUGUAUAUUUAUUGCAAUGCUAAAGUCUGGUGUUAUUCCUACCCAGUUCACAUUCUCAAUGGUGUUUAGUGCUUCUAGCAAAUUGCAAGAUUCUAAAUCUGGACGAGUAAUUCAUGCCCUAGUCAUUAUUUUGAAUAUACUAUCUGAUUCAGCUUUACAGAAUGCCUUGCUUGAAAUGUACUGCAGCUGUGGUGACACCAAAAAUGCAUUUAAUGUCUUUAGCAGAAUUGAGAACCCAAGUUUAGUUUCAUGGAAUUCGAUGAUUUCUUGGUGUGCAAAAAAUGGAGAGGGAGAGAAAGCUAUGGAUAUGUUUGUCAAGUUUCUUGGAAUGUCUGUUUCUAAACCAGAUGAGUAUACUUUUACUGCAGUUAUUUCCGCAACUGCUGAAUUUCCAGCUACUGCUUAUGGGCAACCUCUCCAUGCCCAAGUUAUGAAAGCAGGGCUGCAAUGGAGUGUCUUCAUAGGUACUGCACUAUUGUCAAUGUAUUUCAGAAACAGUGACACUGAAUCUGCUCAAGGGGUCUUCAGUUUGAUGAAGAAGAAGGAUGUUGUUCUCUGGACAGAAAUGAUUAUGGGUCACCGUAGGUUGGGUUAUGGAGAAACUGCAAUAAAAUUAUUCUGCAAGAUGUGUCUGGAAUGCCAUAAGUUUGACAGUUUUGCUAUUAGUGGAGCUCUGAGUGCUUGUGCUGACCUUGCAAUUUUAAAGCAAGGACAGAUGAUUCACACUCAGGCUGUUAAAACAGGGUGUGAUGCUGAAAUGUCUGUUUGUGGUAGCCUUAUAGAUAUGUACGUGAAAAAUGGUAACCUACAAGCUGCAGAGUUAAUAUUUACUCAAGUUUCCAAUCCUGAUUUGAAGUGCUGGAAUUCAAUGAUUGGUGGAUAUAGCCUUCAUGGAAUGGCAGAGGAGGCUAUGAUGCUUUUUGACGAGGUCUUAGAAUAUGGUCUAAAUCCAGAUCAAGUAACAUUUUUGUCUCUUCUGUCUGCUUGCAACCAUAGUGGCCUGGUUGAAAAAGGGAAAUCCUUGUGGGACUAUAUGAAAAAGAAUGGCAUUAUACCAGGUCCAAAGCACUAUAGUUGUAUGGUAAGUUUAUUAAGUCGAGCAGGAUUACUGGACGAGGCAGAAGAACUCAUUAGCGAAUCAACCUAUAGCGAAGAGCAUUUGAAACUAUGGAGAACUUUGCUAAGCUCUUGCGUGAACAGAAGGAAUUUGAAAAUAGGUGUUCGGGCAGCAGAACAAGUGUUAAGGUUAGAUCCACAAGAUGGUGCAACACAUAUUUUGCUUUCAAAUCUUUAUGCUGCUAUAGGGAGAUGGAAUGAUGUUGCAGAACUGAGGAGAAAGAUAAGAGGGUUAAUGUUGGAAAAGGAUCCUGGAAUAAGCUGGAUAGAGGACAAGAAUGAUAUUCACGUAUUCUCUUCUGAUGACCAAGCAAACCCUGUGAUUGAAGAAGCCCAAGCUGAAGUGCAUAGACUACAAGGGAACAUGAUGAGAUCAGUUAAAGAUGAAUAUGAAUUAGAUGCAAGGAUAUUUUCUACUUAGGACAUCAAAUUCAAGAUUAUCUGACAAGGGAGAAGCUCGGUACAGAAUAGCUGUGUGUUUCAUUCCCCAAGUGAUUAUGUAAGCAUCAAAGCCCCAACUCCUGCAAGCUUUCCAACAAAAUCAUACCCAAUCGAGAGAUGAACAAUAUGCCUGCUGUUGGAUGACCAUUUGGCUAACUUGAGGUGUCUGAACUCUAAACCUUGGUAAUUCCUUAGCUCAGUUGUUGAAACGUAGUUGUGGAAUUAGAAAGGGAGAAAAAAAUAUUUUUUUCGUACCAACAGUUUUGAUCUAUAAGCUUAAUUUUCUGUCAGGUGUAAAGAAUAAACAGAACAAUUUUCUUGGAGAAACAUGCAAUUUGGUCUUUGUAUUA